AUGGCGCUGUGUGAGCCUCUACACUUUUCGUGCUCACACUGCACAGAGAAAGUGUUCUUCAAAGGAAGAACCUGGCUUUGGUUAUACAUCACAACAGGUAUCAUUCUAGGAAGUGAGCUGGAUAGCCCAGAGCACCAUGGAGAACAUAAUUGUUAUCAGCUUAGCAGGUUUCAUUGCAGCUUUCAGGAAGCAGAAGAUUACUGUCAUGCUCAGGGAGGACACCCUGCUUUCACUUGGAACCAGGAGGUUCAAGACCUCCUCCGGGACUUUCUGGAAGAAGGAAAGAAGUGGUGGGUUGGGGAAGAUUUAACGCUGCUGGGAAAGCAUCAAGAAAAAAACAACCCAGCAGAUGUCACAGCCCACUGGGCCCCCACGCCCACCUGCAUUUACCUGUUCCGAAACCCCAGUCGGAUCUCGUCAAAAGUGGACUUGUGCUCACUGGGGCAUUAGUUCAUUUGCCAGGCUGAUGCCUUUUCAGACCAAGAUGCCAGUUAUGAAAGAAAUGGGAAUAAUUCUCAUUCAUAUUGGAAACCCAAGAGGACAAAAAGAAGUCACAAUACCGAGAAACAAAAUGACCCCAGUCCAAGACCCCGCGCCAUUCCAUCAGCCCGUUUCCUUCAGUACCACCUGGAGUCGCACAGCAGGGAGUAUCGGUCACGCCUGUACCUACCAGCCAGCCUCUCCCUGUGCCACCAGAGCUCACCAGGCCUGGAUCUGUAUCUUUUCAUGGUGGGUGUCAUCGAUGCACUUAUUGACCUGAAUGAGCUGCUACUGCAGAGCCCAUUUCCGAACAGCAGCAACCUGAGCUCCAGAAUGCCUGUGACUGUCUGCCUCUUUCACUCCCUCAACAACAUAACGAAAACUAGUGAAGCAAGUUGGCAAAGACCCAAGGACAACACUGAGCAGGUAGAAAAUACACUGAACAUGUCCUUGCUGAGCCUCAGGAGGAUCCAGGAAGCAUUUCUACAGCAGAAUGGUUCUGAGUCCACAGUGACUCUGACCUCUUUCGCUGCUACCCUGUUGCUGAGCAGGCAAAACAUAUCAACUUUGCCUCUGAGCUCUUACACCUUCGGUUCCCCAGCACCUGUGAGGUUAGGCCUUCCAUCAGCGUCAGUCUUGGAGCAGCUCUUAAAUAAACACCCAGGAGUUAACAUCCAAGUGAUAACAGCAUUAGCUUUCAAUCCCUUCAGAGAUUUUGAUGACAAGAAGUUUGUUGGAAGCAUCGGAAGUGUGUUACUAAGCUCUAAUCAUAAGUUGCUCCAAGUCCAUGAUUUAAUGGAAGAUAUCAAUAUCAUGCUAUGGAGAAAAGCGAGCACAGACACCCAUCCCACCAGCCUCAACGUGAGUGCAGACUAUUUUACUAUCACAGUGAAUGUCCCUUCCCUGGAGAAAUCCCUCAUAGUGUGCGUGGAGCCUGAAAGCCCCCUUUCAAUGACGCUCUACCUGGGGUUCCAGCACCAGCCUAACCACACACACUUCCACCCGAACCUCUCCCUGCCAAAGGAGAGGGUGUCACAGAAAGAGGAGCCGUAUACACGGGUGCUGACUCCAGAGAGCCUGCAGGAUGGGGUUGGCACCGACUACAUGACAGCCCUGUUGAAUAGAGGCAAGGAGGGUGCCCAGCAGACGCCUGCCCUGCUCUCGGUGGUCACUGCCGUCACCCAGCGUUACUUCUGGGACAGCGGCAACAGCACGUGGAGGAGCUGUGACGUUGGGCCACAGAGCACACUUUUGAGGACACAGUGUCUGUGUAACCACCUGACCUACUUUGGCGGCGAUUUCUUCAUUGUGCCUCGGACAGUGAAUGUGGAAGACACAGUUGACCUGUUCUUUCGCGUGACCAGCAACACCAUCAGGGUGUUCCUGCUGGCCAGCCUUAUUGGAGUCUAUAUGCUCAUAUUUGUGUGGGCUUGGAGAAAGGACCAAGCAGAUAUGCAGAAGGUGAGGGUCACUGUCCUGGCUGAUAAUGACCCCAGCUCUCAAUUCCACUACCUUAUUGAGGUCUCCACGGGCUGUCGAAGAAGGGCUGCUACAACAACUAACGUGGUUAUCACUCUUUAUGGAUCAGAGCGGCAGAGCGAGCCCCAUCGUCUUUGUGACUCCCAGAAAGCAGUUUUUGAACGAGGGGGACUGGAUGUCUUCCUCCUGGGCACUCCGUCUUCUCUGCGGGAAUUACACAGCCUGCAGCUCUGGCAUGACAGUUCUGGCAUCAGCCCUUCCUGGUAUAUAGGCAUGUAAAUUGUCACUGACAUGGCAGGUAAAAGGAAAUGGCAUUUCCUGUGCAAUUGUUGGCUGGCCAUGGACCUUGGUGACUGUGAGUGUGACUCGACCUUCAUACCGGUCUCAAAGAAGGAGCUCUUUUCCUUUAGACACCUGUUCUCCUCCAUGGUUGUAGAAAAUUUCACCCAGGAUUGUCUGUGGCUCUCAGUCACAGCUUGACAUCCCUGGAACCAGUUUACAAGAGUCCAGCGGCUCACCUGCUGCAUGACCCUCCUUCUCUGCAACAUGGUCACCUAUGUCAUGUUCUAGAAGAUGAACGGCGCCACCACCAAGAGGCGUGAGCAAGCUGUGGCGGGCCCGUGUGCUGUGACCUGGUCUGAACUGCUCGUCAGCAUCCAAACUGCUGUCAUCCUUUUCCCCGUCAGUCUUGGGAUUGGGCGGCUUUUCCCGUUGAUUCAACCACAGGAACCUCUACCUCUCCUUCCUCCCAUCCAGGCCUCCUGCCUCUCAGAUGCUUCUUUUGAGCCUCUCUCUCUCACAGAGAUAGUUGAAGAAUUAAAGGAAACUGUGGGAUUCCUGCUCAGGAGAAAUACAUACCUCUCUGAGUGUGAACAGUCUUCAUGGAGUUCUUCUUACAACAUUAACCAGCUGGUGAAGCUUUUAUCCAGACUCCUCUGUUCUUACUUAGAGGGUCAAGGCCAUCACCAGCGGGCAGGACCCUACUGGGCAAAUGUGGUUCCUGAAAACCACCGUCAUUUCCACAGUUACCUAAUCAGAGUUCUGCAGAGGCUCCAAUCUCACUUAGGCACACUGGGUCCCGCCCAGGCCCAUCAGCCUUGUGACUUCCUAGAUGCAGUCAGCCAACUGCAAAAACUCCAGGAACGGUUGGAAACGCGCAUUCUUACCACAGAGCAAGGGCCAUCCAGGUAAUGCAUCCCCUUCCCCGUCCUGAGCCCAGAAGGGAAGCAGCCCAUCUCUAAUGCCCGGCUCAGAUGGUUGACUUACUUCUGCUGGCUCCUGCUGGGGGUCACUAGCCUGGCCUCAGCCUUUUUUACAGCACUUUAUAGCCUGGAACUGAACAAAGACCAAGCCACUAGCUGGGUUAUUUCGAUAUUAUCAUUGCUUCAGAACAUCUUCAUCACCAGUAAAGGUAUUUUCUCCUCUGACUUUCCUGUCUAGGUGAUCUUCCUCACAUUGUUUUACUCACUGCUGCUGAACAGGAUGCUGCGGCUUCACAAAGAGAAGGAACAUCACACCAAGAGGAUCUUGGCACUCUUGGCAAGAUGUCCUUCAUCAUUACCCAGUUCAAGAGAUGAAAACAACCCCAUCUAUGUAGCCCCAGCUAUGAAUGGUCCAGUUAAGUGCCCAGAAAGAACCUUGAAAGAGAAGAAAUGCUUCAAGUUGACAGGAGAUGUUUUGGUACAAAUACUUUUCCUUAUCCUGUUGAUGACUGCAGUCUACUCAGCACACAACUCCAAUAGAUUUUACCUCCGUCAAGCUAUCCACCAGAGCUUUCCUUACCGUUUCUCAGAGAUCAAACUUCUUAAGCAUUUCUACUCCUGGGCCAGUAGCACCCUCCUUCCUAACCUGUACAGGGAUUACAGAGACUCCUUCACUCUACGGUAUAGUGUCGUGGUCCAAAGGCGCAGACUCAGAAGGCUGCCCAGACUGCCCAGGUUCACAUCCUCGCUCCACUUACCAGCAGUGUGUUCUUGGUUUAACCUGCUGUUUGGAUGGAGCAUCUCUGACUACCGAACUUUUCUCAGUUCAGCAGUGACUGUUGUUGGUCUCCUGAUGGGAAUCUCUCAUCACAAGGAGGUUAUUGCUUUAAACCCAGUCCUGGGCUCCUUUCUUACCCUCCUCACCAGUGUCGUUUUGAUGGUACUCGUGAUCAUUAACCUUUUUGUUUCUGCCAUUUUAAUGGCCUUUGGUAAAGAAAGAAAGUCCUUUAAGAAAGAAGCUGCACUGGUGGAUAUGCUGCUACUGAAGCUCUCAAGUCUGUCAGGAAAACAGCAGCACUAGGACACAUGAAGACUGUGGGAAAUAUGAGUCAGAAGUAAGCUCACUGCAACUUUAACUGAAGAUACAAGCAUGAGAUGUGGCUAAGGGGGAGCCCUGUCACAGAGAAGUAACCAAGCCAACUCACAGGCACAGUGGAAGCGGCAGGAACAUACAGAACUUGAGGAUGACUGAAAACUACAAGGUGAAAAGGAAUAAUGAUACCACUAACAGAAACAGGGAACUUGGGAGAUUCUUUGGAGCCAGGAAAGAUCUUUUCUUUUUGGAAGUGGGAAAUCCUGAGUUCUGUUUCCACCAUACUGCAUUUGGGGAGAGAACGGGGCAUGUGGGUAGAAUGCCACAAGCAUAAAAACAAUCUGAGGGAGGAACAGUGAUGAGAAAACAGCGAAGGGUCCAGUACUGAGAAACUCUCAAGAGGGUUUCUGACUCACCAACGAUCUGUGCAGAAGAGACAUUCUUAUCAGCAUUAAUGUCAUCAACCUGAAACACAAAGAUCACAUGACCAGAGGAGAAAGCAAUGGCAUCACUGGUGAAAGUAAUGGUAUAAGCCCAUGUGUGUCACAAAAGCUAAGCUGCUCAGCAAAAGCAACAGAAACUGCUCCAAAGAAACUGCCCCUCCGCCCCCUGUACUGCUUUCCUGAUCUUCUUCCAACCAGAGAGAUACCAUGUUGAACUCAUAACUGCCAAGCAGAGGAAAAGAAAAUUCUUACCACACCAUAACAUCUCUCUUUAAUCUGAUACCUUCACCUUCCAGGGAGAGAGAAAGCAUUCUAAACCACCGCAUUCAUCUCCAAGAACCAAGUCCUCAAAUACUAAUGAAGAUCUUCUACCUCAUCCCUAGAAACAUGUGUGGGCAAUGCUUCAAUGCGUGCAAAACCAAAACAUAAAAAUUCAGGCCCAAUGUAAAAACCAAAGGAAAGAACACUAAGCAAGCUCAGGAACAGGGCCAUCUCCCUAGAUGAGGAAACAAGGCUGGCAGAAAAGUCAUCUAAUUCUGAACCAAAACUGUUACAACCACCUACAGUUCAAGGCAUCAUUACCAUAUUAGCAAUAAUAGCAAGCUUUAUCUAUAAGACUAAAAUAUAAAAUUAAUGCUAUAGGCUGAAAUUUACUAGACACUUCUGUUUAAGACAAAAAUCUGGUUCUUAUUCCUUUACACAGUGUUGAGAAUUUAUAAAACUGGUAUUUUAAUUAUUAUAUUCUGGCACCAAGACUGUACCAGCUCAAUAUGAUUCUCUGCCUAGUCUAAAAAAAAGUCUGAUCAAGUGCCCUACCAGAACUUUCCAGGAUCUGCAGCUCCUUCCUGCAUUUCUUAACUGCAGACAAAGCAUUGCCACCAAUGAUGCUGCCACCACCACCACCACCACCACCACCACUCCCCGUUUCCAGGGUAAUAUUAAAGCAACAUAAGAAUCCAAAGCAUAGAGCAAUGCCAGUACUAGGAGUGAUCAAAACUUUGCCUUCCCUGUGGCCAUUAUUUUGCUCUCUCUUCAUGGGAUUCACUCUCCUGCUGCUUAUAAAAGAGGCUCAGGCACUUACAGAUU